UGAGGAAAUAUUCUAACCUUCACUGGAUGGUUGGGUUUAUAUGGUUAAAAAAGGGUUAACACAUAACCCUUUUUUAAAGGCAGUUAGGUUGAAAAAUAAGUAAUUUAAACAUAUUUCAUCCGUACUUCUAUGUGACUAAGAAGUACGCACAAUAUGUUUAUCUUAUGAAGUUGUAUGAUCUAGGAAGGUUGAGAAUCUAUUCUAUUGUUGACAGGUCAGUGAGAUGGGCCGCAGAGGUUGGCAAGAUCUGUCAGUGGUACCAACACGCGAGCGCCUCCACCACAGUCUGCGUCAGCUGAUAACUUUCCUAGCUACCCCAACUACUCUUCUGAAAAGUCGUCGCUUCUUGUUGACAGAAACUUAAAGCAAAGCAGGUUAGCCAGGCUCAGAUGUGUUUGUUGUGUGACGACACAGUCCCCUGAUAAACCCAGAUAACCGUGGCUGCUGAUAACAGAACACACCUGUGCUGGUUGCCACCGAGAACACGUGAUGUGAAGUGAGAUGGUGCCUCAGGAGUUCCGCAAGAAUCUGUGCGUCAUUGCCGGAUGGGUGUCUUUGCUGGAGGCUUUGGUAUGGGGUGCAUUAGCCAUCUACGGAGUCGGUGUUUAUGGGUGUAGCUGGGGUUUCAUCCAUACCAACAAAGGACCUAAUACAUGGAGCAUGCUCUAUGUUACCUAUUUUAUGGGUAGCUGUGAUGGAGUCUCCGGAGCUGCCAACCAAGGAUUUCUCCUCGCACCACCCACGGAUCCUGCCAAGCACCUUCACAUAUGGCUGUGGAUACACAUGGUACUAUCCGUGGCUUGGAUACCUGCUUGUAUCCUGCUAACUGUCGCAGCGUCAGUGGAAGUGAGAGGCAGGCAGGGAGCAAUCCUCUACUACCCGUGGAUCACACUGUCAUGUGUCUUCGUCAUUUUCGAUCUCGCUGGAGCCGUUUACCACUUCCUGGAUGUCUUACACUCAACGACUCCAGACUACUACGCUGACAUGACUUUUCACACAUCCUGGAGUAACCUCACAACGAACUACUCAGUAGAAGGCAUUACUCCAUGGCUUCCGUCUCUCCUAGUCACCCUCUACUUCUGCCGUUUCAUCUUUUUCUGGGGUCUCAAUAUCGUCUUUCUCUACAUUGUCUACAAGGGGUGCAACGCUGUUUCAUUGUACACCACCAAGUAUUUGCAGAGCUCUUUGAUGCAAGAAGAUAGUCAGAAGUCAUGGAAAAACAGAUUCUACCAAGGGCCAGACCCGUCGUUGUUUGAGCAAAGCCCGCGGCAAAACCAAACCAAAACUGAUCAACAGAGGAUAGAAGAUACUAAGGAGAACGCUGUUAGACACAGAAUGCAGGAUUUUGGCAUACCAGAGGAUGUUAGGCCAGUAGACCAGAGAGUUCCCACUGAUCAGGACAGGUCAGGUGGACCUUGGAGGGAAAACAACGCCCCGCCUAUCGCAAGCGGAGUACAAGUACCUCCAGAACUCAAUAAGUUUGAGCCCUUCUCUUACAUCGCUGGUGACCAACCACAGCGGAUGAGACGACCCGUCAGCAGAAGUAAUUCCCGUGGCGACCAACCUCCGAUACCUCGACCCGAUUAUUCCAUCUCUGAAAGGAAAGCUGCAUCUUUGGAGUACGUUCCCAACCGGUUCAGGGUACCUUCGCCCAAACGCCUUCAGUCUCAGAGCUCCUUCAACCUGGACUCGGCUGGUCGACCCGUGACAACAAAGGUCGCCCCAGUACCACCCAAGAAACCAUCAGCUUACCCUCGCUCUAUACCUGAAGACCCUGAGAGAUAUGUGAACCAUCCGACAACACAACAGACAAGCCCCUAUACACGGCAGGCAUCUGGCCCAGAUUACAACAUCAACAAACUAUAUUAAAUACCUGGUCAAGAAAGAGGAAAGGACUUGCAGAAUGAAGUUGACUCAAUAGAAGAAGGAUAAGAGAAGAGGUAAAAAACAAUCCCACCUCACUGUAACCUCAAAUGUUGAAGUCAGUUAAAAAUUGUUGUUACACUUUUUCUUUAUCAUGAAUCCAUAUUUCACAAAAUGUUUGACAAGAAAAAUCACUAUGCAAACUAGUCACUAAAUAUCUUAUCGAUGAAUUAUUCUCCUGUAAAAUUUAAUACAGUAUUUGAAAUUUAUAAUCUUAGCAAAUUGAUGAGUUCUGUUACUGUACUGUACUUCAAAAGUGUUUAAUUUUGAUUUUAUACUAAUAAACAUUGAUUUUGAUAA